AUGAUAAAAAAUGCCACAAAAGUAAUUGCUGGGCUAAAGCAAGAAAGGUUGUCAUCAUCUAUUAUCCUAUGUAGACCCCAUAAUAACCAUUUCCAGGUCCUUAUGAUUAAACGUAAAUCUUCUAUGAGUUUUUCAAAUGCACUAGUUUUUCCUGGUGGGGCUUUAGAAAAGUAUGACACAGAUCCAAGAUGGGCAAAUAUUAUCGAAACCCCUUCAGAAGAAAUUCAGGAAACUGCUUACUCACAAAAAAUUGACUUAAAAUCCUUAAUGAUUGGAGCAAUCAGAGAAACCUGAGAAGAAGUUGGAAUCCUGCUUGCGAAUAAGACUAUCUCAAGAACACAAACAGGAGAAGAAUUUUUAGAGUCAUGCUUAAAAGAAGGCUCGAGGCCUGAAAUCGAGAAACUUCACUACUUUAACAGAUUGAUCACUCCGCUCAAUAUGCCAAAUCGAUUUGAUACUGUAUUUUUCUUGGCAGUUUUAGAAGCUGAUCGAGAGGUCCAACUCGAUACAAACGAAAGUGACUAUUACUUGUGGGCUGAGCCUAAAGAGUUUAUUAGCAAGCAUAUUCAAAAAGAAAUUAUUCUUUUCCCGCCACAGGCUUGUGCAUUAUCAACUUUGUCGAAAUUCCAAAAUCUGAGCCAUGUUAUUGACUAUACAAGGAGAUUAAGAAAAAUACCAACGUUGGUAGAUCUUAUUAAUAAUACCUAUGCAUAUUUAAUGGGAGACUAUAGAAAUCAGUAUACUCCUGAUCAUUUCAAGCAGUCCAAAGGAAUUCAUUGUCUUGAGCUAGGAAAAACAGAGAUUAGAUAUCAAGUAUCUCCUGAUGUAGAAAGUUUUUUAAUGUUUCCUUCAGAAAGGCUAUAG